UUUACCUUUCCCUAAUAUUUUAAAUAAAGAUUUCUUUGCGCAACCUGUAAAUAAUAAUGAUGACUUUGAUAUGUACGAAUCUAAAAAAAUUCAAGAAAUGUACCCAUUGUUUGGUACCUCCGAGACUUCUGAACCCGCUCAAAAAUAUAUGGGCCAACCUUACGAAAUUCCUUCCAAAGACGUUCAACAACAUGAAGAUCCCUUUCUUUCCAUUUCUUCCACUACUUCCACUACUAUUGGAACUUCAGUUACUGCUGAACCCACUCAAGAAUAUAUGGAUCAACUUUAUGAAAUCUCUUCCAAAGAUGACAUUUACGUUCAACAAUAUGAAGAUCCCGUUUCUUCUACUUAUUUUCCUUUGAAUGACGAAAACAAUUUUGAUUGUAUUGGCAAUCCGUACGAAAUUAAUUCCGAAAGAAAUUUUAUUGCAAAUCAAUUAUCUAUUCAAACAACAGACGAAAAUAUUAUGAACACGGAUUCGGUUUCCAAUGGAUUCGAAACUGUUAUUCCACAACCUGAAACUUCCAAUAUUACCGAAAAAUAUUUCGUUUCAACUUCUGUAUCUCCUAUUAUCAUUACCGACAUUACCCAACAACAAUUUGAUUCGAUUACCGAAACUUCCGUAUCUCAACAACAUUCAAUUUCGCAACCUGAACUUGACAUGAAUUCCAUAUGUAAUCAACCUUGGGACAAUAAUUAUAUCCCAUCUCAAUAUCAAUCUUUUUCGGAAUUUCUUAACCAAUUUUAUGGUGUUUCCGAUUAUUCUAAUUAUUCAUCUUUGGAUUAUUCCAACCUUUUCCAAUAA